AUGCCAGACUCGGCGACGACGGCGGCAUUCGCGCCUUCCGACCGAGCGUCGUUUCUGGCCAAAGUCAGAAGCGCGAGCGUUUUCGUCGCAAGUGUCACUGGAUCGCCGCGCCCGACGGUCGAGAACGGCCGAUGGGCAGGCGAAACGCACACCGCCGGCGGCAGCCCCUUGGUCGGAGAUCCAUCGACGUUCGUCACGCGUCAAGCUGCACGCUUCAUCGCUCGGCAGAAGAGUCGACGGAAGGACCCUGACACUUCGACGUCUGCUCGCGCUUACGAGUCCAAAUUCUCGUCAGCAAUUCGGCGGAUCUUUCGCGGACACGGCGAGAACGUUCAACGGGCGAUCCGGGCCACGCCCUUCAACGCUUGA